AAAAACUUCCCGCGAGGUUUCGCGAGAGUUACAAAACUGCAAGGCCGGACAUGCGCAGUGGUUCACCUUGAGGAACAUGUGUGUAUCACUGCUGUGAAAAUACUUUCUGGUUUUUGAUCCAGUUUUGUGCAAUUUUCUCAAAAAGAUCAGACUGUGCAGUGAUCAUGUCUUACUGCAGGGAACAAGGAAAAGACAAGAUAAUUUUUGUCACCAAGGAGGACCAUGAGAGUCCGUCCACAGCAGAUAUCACGUACAACCCCGAGGAAGAUGAUGACAGUCCUGGACUGAUCCUUCCCAACGGAGAGAUCAACUGGCAGUGCCCGUGUUUAGGCGGCAUGGCCAGCGGACCCUGCGGCGAGCCCUUCAAGGAAGCCUUCUCCUGUUUCCACUACAGCCAGGCAGAACCGAAGGGUUCAGACUGCAUCGAGGAGUUCCGCUCCAUGCAGGAGUGCAUGUCCAAGUACCCAGAGCUGUACCCAUUCGAUAAGGACGAGGACAAUGACAAGGAAGAGCAAACAAAAACAACAACAACGGUUGAACAGAAAACAAGCGAAGAGGUAGCAGUUACGAAAGAGUCUACAGCAACUCGAGCAAGCUAACCAAGAUCAAAAUAGUUUCUACCUUGUAUUAAAGAGAUCUUUCAAGAUAUACGUGUAUAAACCAUGAAGAAGCAUGAUUAGCAAAAGUAGAUAAUCUAAAUAAGGGCCAUAUUCUGCGAUUGAUACUAUAGAUUCGUGUUUGCAGGGCUACUGUCAAUUUAACGACAGCCAAUUUUUUCAACCAGUAAACAUGCAAUGUACACAAAGGAUUACAAAUUUGACAAACCAAUUUUUGGUAGAAAGAAACCCAAAGAGUCCCAGGGAUAUGCAUUCUUACAUGUACAUGUACUUGGGCUAUACUAAGUGGUCGGAGAUUUUGAGUACAUUAUACCUCAGCUGCAGGCAGGUUUUGUUGUUUUUGGACUGAACGUUUUUCAGACUCUUUUUACUGUGUUUGUGAUGUCAAAAACUUACAGUACAACCCUUGAUGGUAGAAUUCUGCAGAUUUUACGUGUUUCGAAAAUAGAAUCAAAAGCAUAUAAUUAAAAGUUCGUCAUACAUAAUGAAUCUCAGCCAGUCUUGCAGUGAUUUGGUCGUCCUAUAGACCAAUGUCUUUAUUCGAUCACCAAUAAAACUUACAGAUUUUUG